AGGAUACACCUUGUUAAACCCAAAACCUUAAAAUGAACUCAACUACUAGUCCAGCAACCACGUGCAAACCACGAAGCAACAAGUACGAGUGGAUGCAGUUCCUAAGCAAAGUUACACAACUGGUUCCCUGGUUUUCAACACCAACGUUAUUUUUUGACUAAACCUAUAACUCAUUUUCAGUCAAACUCUGUUUGUCCCUGAAACCAAGCAUUUCGAUGAUUCAGCGCAACUCGAUCAUCACCUUCAUCAACAAAGCCUGCAACCUCCCCCACCUAGCUCAAAUCCACGCCCAGCUCAUCCUCAAUGGCUACCAAUCCGACCUCGCCUCCAUCACCAAGCUCACCCAGAAGCUCUUCGACUUCGGCGCCACUCGCCACGCGCGUGCCCUCUUCUUCUCCGUUCGCAAUCCCGACAUCUUCCUCUUCAACGUCCUCGUCAAAGGCUUCUCCGUCAACGCCUCCCCUUCCUCCUCCAUUGCCCUCUACACCCACUUGCGCCUCCGCACCAACCUCGCCCCUGACAACUACACAUACGCCUUCACCAUUGCUGCUUCUCCCGAUGACAAGUACGGGAUGCUCUUACAUGCCCAUGCCAUUGUUGAUGGGUUUGGUUCCAACCUCUUUGUGUGUUCCUCUCUCGUUGACUUGUACUUCAAGUUUUCGCGGGUUGGGUUGGCCAGGAAGGUGUUUGAUGAAAUGCCUGAGAGGGAUACCGUGGCUUGGAACACCGUGAUUACUGGGUUGGUGAGGAAUUGUUAUUAUGAUGAUUCUAUACAAGUGUUCCGGGACAUGGUUGCAAAUGGGGUGCAGGUGGAUUCGACCACGGUGGUUACGGUUCUUCCUGCGGUUGCUGAGUUGCAAGAGUUGGGAGUUGGGAUGGGGAUUCAGUGUCUGGCUUUUAAAUUCGGGUUUCACCGUGAUGCUUAUGUGUUGACUGGUUUGGUUUCGCUGUAUUCGAAAUGUGGGGAUAUCAGCACGGCGAGGUUGUUGUUUGGGAUGAUUGGUAAGCCGGAUUUGAUAGCUUACAAUGCUAUGAUUUCUGGGUAUACUUGCAAUGGUGAGAUUGAGAGUUCAGUGAAGCUUUUCAGAGAACUACUUGUUUCUGGUCAGAGAGUGAGUUCAAGCACCAUGGUUGGCUUGAUUCCGGUGUCUUCUCCCUUUGGUCAUCUGCAUUUGACUUGCUCUAUUCAGGGUUAUUGUGUGAAAUCUGGUGCUAUUUCGAAUUCGUCUGUUUCAACUGCACUGACUACCAUUUACAGCAGACUCAAUGAAAUAGACAUGGCUCGGAAGCUAUUUGAUGAAUCACCUGAGAAAACUGUGGCCGCUUGGAAUGCUAUGAUUUCGGGUUAUACGCAGAAUGGUUUAACAGAGACGGCUCUCUCUCUCUUUCAGGAAAUGAUGACGACUGAAUUUACCCCAAAUCCAGUUACCAUCACAACCACCCUUUCAGCAUGUGCCCAACUAGGAUCACUAAGUUUUGGGAAAUGGGUCCAUCAAUUAAUUAAAAGCAAAAAUCUUGAGCCGAACAUUUAUGUUUCGACUGCUCUAAUUGACAUGUACGCCAAGUGUGGGAACAUUUCUGAGGCUAGGCAAUUAUUUGACUCAAUGAGUGAAAAGAAUACAGUCACUUGGAAUACUAUUAUAUUUGGUUAUGGGCUCCAUGGAUAUGGGCAUGAAGCACUUAAGCUUUUCAAGGAGAUGUUGCAUUCAGGAAUUCAUCCAUCUGGUGUUACUUUUCUCUCAAUCUUAUAUGCUUGCAGUCAUGCUGGCUUGGUAAGAGAAGGAGAAGAAAUUUUUCAUGAUAUGGUCAAUAAAUACAGGAUUGAGCCUUUAGCUGAGCACCAUGCAUGCAUGGUGGACAUUCUGGGAAGAGCUGGACAGUUAGAGAAAGCCUUAGAAUUUAUAAGGACAAUGCCUGUUGAGCCAGGUCCUGCUGUGUGGGGUACAUUGCUUGGUGCUUGUAAGAUUCACAAAAAUACAGACAUAGCCCGCGUGGCUUCAGAAAGGCUAUUUGAACUGGAUCCAGGGAGUGUAGGCUACUAUGUCUUGCUUUCUAAUAUAUACUCUGUGGGGAGAAACUUCCCAAAGGCUGCAUCAAUACGAGAAGUCGCUAAGAAAAGAAAGCUGGCAAAGACUCCAGGAUGCACUCUAAUUGAGAUUAAUGGGACCACACAUGUAUUUGUAUCUGGUGAUCGUUCUCAUUCUCAUGCAACAGCUAUCUAUGCAAUGCUGGAGAAGUUAACAGGCAAAAUGAGGGAGAUUGGGUAUCAGACAGAGACAGUCACUUCUUUGCAUGAUGUGGAAGAAGAAGAAAAGGAGCUCAUGGUUAAUGUUCACAGUGAGAAGCUAGCCAUUGCUUUUGCCCUUAUUACUACUGAACCUGGUACCGAGAUCAGAAUCAUCAAGAACCUUCGGGUUUGUUUAGAUUGUCAUACUGCAACUAAGUUUAUAUCAAAGAUCACAGAAAGAGUGAUCGUAGUUAGGGAUGCUAACAGAUUCCACCAUUUCAAAGAUGGGAUCUGUUCUUGUGGUGAUUAUUGGUGAAACUGAACGGAUAAAUUUUUGCCUGUUUACUGUUUAGUUAUACGGGGGCACACGCAUAAUCUCACCUUUUGGUUUCAUAUUAUUUAGUCCAACAUAUACGGACUGUAUGUUUGCAUCCACGUUAAGAAAGCUCAUAAUCGCGUAAAACCACAAGCUGCUGCAUAUUGUAGCUUUCGCUUGGAGGUGCUAGAACUAAUUCCAAAUGCUACAUCCUCAAAAUGUUCUUAAGAACUUGAAAUUAUGCUUAAGAAACCUGCUCAAAAUUUUAAUGAUGCCAUUGGAUGCAAUUCUUCAUUAGCAUUGUUCCUGAAGCUGCAGUCAUUGAAGAUAAGAUAACAUGAUGCCAGAAGAUGUUUGGCUAAGUAAGGAUCAGCAGUACUUCAAACCUGAAAAUGUCGUCAAAGAGAACCCAAGGAUCACCUACACUGCCAUAUACAAAUGUGAUAAUUUCUCGUAUGAUUUCAAGGGUAGACAUGAGUGAAGUUUAUGCUGAGCUUCCUAGACAUGGUGGUUGGAAUGAUCCUGACAUGCUUGAUGUGGUAAAUGGAAGGACGGCAAAAGAUGAAUAUAGGUUCACUUCAGCUUAUGGGCCAUUUCUAAGGUUCUAUAAGCUUAAGAAACCCUUGAAGCCAUUUCAUAACUUUCCUUCUUGUUACCUUAUUUCAUUUCCCUUGUCUUUAAAUUUUAUCUUAACUAAUUAUUAUUUUGUUUUAUUAAUUAUAUGAAACACAAUGUAAAGUUCAAAGUUAAAGUUGAAAUAAUAAGAUUGAACCUGAUAAAAUCAGGUGCUGACAACCGCCACUAACCAAAUCAUUUUUAGACAAACGCAAAGGAGCAUUAUUUUUUUUUAUUUAAAAUCUCUAAGAAAUAAUAUCAUUUUUAGAUCUUUUUAGAGAUCUAAAAAUCACAAUUUUUAAUUCUUAAACAAAUGCACUCUUGAUCAGAUUUCAGGUUGUCAAGAAUUUGAUUUUUUAAGUGCUGGGUCGUUUAUGUUUGUAAUAAAUAAAAUAAAAAUUAUUGUUUUCCAAGAAUUUUCAAAAUACAUGAAAAUGUUUGAGCAAAAAUUAAGGUGAUUUCUAUGUUACCCUUAAAAAUUAAGGGUAUGUGUACCUCACUUCUUGAACCGAAGAGGUUUGGACAUAUCAAUUAUGAGAUGG